CGUUCGAGAAGAGAAGCAGCGACGGAACUGUCGACCAAUCAGCUUUGCUGUUACAAAUAUCGUCAGUGUCCUACAUCUGUAAGCCAAUCAGCGAUGCCUUCUCUUUGGGAAAUGGACUAGAGGAUUUCCAAGAUGGUUCUCGAAAGUACUAUGGUCUGUGUGGACAACAGUGAAUACAUGAGGAAUGGAGACUUUUUACCCACCAGGUUACAGGCACAGCAGGAUGCGGUCAACAUUGUCUGUCACUCAAAGACCCGUAGCAACCCAGAAAACAAUGUGGGCCUAAUCACAAUGGCCAAUAAUUGUGAGGUCCUCACCACUUUAACGCCAGACACCGGCCGUAUACUAUCAAAGCUCCAUGCGGUUCAACCACUGGGAAAAAUCUCCUUCUGCACCGGCAUACGAGUGGCACAUUUGGCACUAAAGCAUAGACAAGGCAAGAAUCACAAGAUGAGGAUUGUUGCUUUUGUGGGCAGCCCAGUAGAGGACAACGAAAAAGAUCUGGUGAAAUUGGCAAAGCGGUUGAAAAAAGAAAAAGUCAAUGUAGAUGUGAUAAAUUUUGGAGAAGAGGAGGUGAACACAGAGAAACUGACUGCAUUUGUAAACACUCUGAAUGGAAAGGAGGGCACAGGUUCUCAUCUGGUCACGGUGCCCCCUGGGCCCAGCCUGGCUGAUGCCCUGCUCUCUUCUCCCAUCUUGGCUGGUGAGGGUGGUACCAUGAUGGGCCUGGGUGCAAGUGAUUUUGAGUUUGGAGUGGACCCCAGUGCAGACCCAGAGCUGGCCCUGGUAAUAUACAAAUUCAUCAAAUUCAUAAUUGCACUGAAGAAUCAAUCCAAAAACUUACAAGUGGAAUGUCAUUUUUUAAAAGGUGAAACUACUUCUACAUCUGUUUAAUAUGCAGAGACAUCA